AUGACAGAUGUUUGUCCCAAUCGUAGUUCAAUUGCUUGUAAAUAUGUAAAGAAUCCUGGUGUAAAAUGUAAAGGUGCUGUUUUAAGAUUAAAUAAAGCAAAAAUCUUACAUUGGCACAAUGCUCGAAGAAAUUUAAUUGCAUUGGGAAAAAUCAGUAAAUAUAAGCCAGCUAAAAGAAUGGGUACAAUGAAAUGGAGUAAACAAUUAGAACGUAUGGCUAUGUAUAAUGUAAUGACAUGUAAAUUUCAACAUGAUAAAUGCCGUAAUACAAGACGAUUUCCUCAAUCUGGACAAAAUAUAUAUUUGGAAAGGAGUCGAGGUAAAUUAAAGAAAACAGAUGUGAUAGCUUUAAAUGGAAUUAAAGCAUUUUUUGCUGAAAGAAAAUAUGCUAAUAUGAAAAUUAUCAAAAAAUUUCCGAAAAAGACUAGAUACCCAGUUGGCCAUUUUACAUCAAUGAUUAAAUAUAAUAGUGAUUAUGUUGGAUGUGCUAUGAUUAAAUUCAGAUCGAAUGGUAGAAAUAAAGCUGUUUUCGCAUGCAAUUAUGCAUCAACAAAUAUUUAUGGAAGACCAACAUAUGUUGCUGGGAGAGCUGCUAGCGGUUGUAAAAAAGGACGAAAUAAAAAUUAUAAGGGUUUAUGUUCGAAUAAAGAAGUAUUUAGUCAUUUUAUCCAUUGA